AUGGAUCUCACGGCGCAAAACCCAGAGUCGCCUGCUAGGCCUCUGGCAGGGGCGGCGCGUGCACGAGUCUUGGCUCGUCAGAGUCGCAAUUCCUCUCACAAACCAUACGCGAGACCCUCAUCGGCUUUGACCGCUUCUGGGUCCGGAAGCUCGCUCUACACCGACACUGACUCACCCGCACGCACUCCCUCGACGCCAGCCGCCAAGACACCCGCACCACAACCUUCGCGCUCAGCCUUUUCACCGCUGCGCGUUGCCGCCACGCCCAUCGCCUUGUUCGGAAGCGUGCGCAAAAUGGUGACAAAGCCAUUGUCGUGGCUCACUGGUGUGGCCGCUUCGACGGGACCUGAACUCGGCAUCCCAACCUCUUCCAGCACCAACUCGCUCUCGUCCAUCGCUCGCAAACGGGCUGCUGCUCAGGCUUCUCUCAAAUCGACACCGGGCGAGACAAGCUACGAGAGAGAUGCCCCCACUCGUGCUGCUAGAGCUGUCGGCGAGAGGCUGGCUGCCGGCCUUCGAUCUCGAUCCAAUCUUCAAGAUGACGAGGAGAGCCAGAUUCGACCACCUACAUCCACUCUGCCGUCAUCCAUGUCCAUGUCUCGUCUGGCUCCGGGUCCAGCUCCUGCACGUUCGACACGGAAGCAAUCCUCUUUGGAGCAGGCAGACUCGUCCAUGGCUGGACCCUCGUCCCCGUCCAAAUCUACCACAAGUGUUGGUGCGACUCAUCCAUGGAGCACCCGCUCAUCCAAGCGCACUCUCGAUAUCGGCUCUCGUCCUCUCGGCGCAAACGAUUCGUCCGAUGCCCAGAGCGAUGCCGGCCUCGCAUCACCCUCCAGAUCGCAACUCUACCUUUCAAAGAGCCAACACACACUUCGUAGUCCUCGAUCUCAAGCGCUUGGCUACCGAGGCUCCUCCCUCCGACCAGACGAUGCCAUGUCAGAAUCUGGCUCCACAUCCAUGAGUCACUCGAACUCGUUUAGCGCGUUUGGCUACGGCAACGAGAUUCGAUACACCGACAGCGCCUUUGGCCUCCCACCCUCCAGCUCGCCCUUUCAACUCUCCUCUCGAAACGCCGCCAGCCGUCGUGCUCGCGCUCCCUUUGCCUCUGGUCUCAUUACCGAGACUGGCACGCCUGGACGCGCGUCUCGCGCUGGCAGCGUGAGUAUGCGUGGUGCAUCGCCCGCACCCUCAGCUGGCUACUCUCCGGCACGCCAGCGAGAAGGAACCCCCCAGCGACGCAACUGGAAUGGCCUCAAUCUCGCCGCACCCUCUGCACCCUCCAUGGGCGACGAGAUGAUGCGCGAAUACCUUGCUUCGCGUACGCUUCCUGGCAGCAUUUCGAGCGCGCGUCGCAAUCUCGCCCUUAGCAACGACGAGCCCAUGAUCAGGUCUGCCUCCGUUGCGGGCGGCAGUCGUAUGGACGACACCGAGUCCGUGACACCUAGUCGUCUGGGCAAGCGCGACAUUGACAUGAGUGUCGACGGCCAUUCCGAAAGACUCGGUGCUGCCGGUACACCCUCCAAACGUCGCAUGGUCUGGCACAAGGAUCACGGUUUCAUCAGCCACGAGGAGCUCAAGGCGCUGGAACCGAGGCUGCCCUCGCCCAAGAACGAAGCCGAACGCCUCCUGAAUGCUCUCGAGACCAUGCGCAAGCCCACUGCUACCUCGAGAGGUGUUGGGCUGGCGAGGGGCGCUGCUGCUCAAAUCAACGUUCCUGCGCCCAUCUCGGACGCCCCUGCGUCUCGAUCCACCAAGUCUCAAGAUGGAAAGCCUAUCAUUGGUGUCGCCCCGUACACAAGAUAUCUGCGCAAAGCAAAGACGGUGCAGGCCGCCGAUGAGCAGGGUGGCAUGAGGGCACGAUUGAAGAAGGUGCAACGUCCAAGCAGAAUGGAUGUCGACGAUGCGGCGACAGAGGAUUUGGCUGCAUCAGAUGCGGAGGAGGCAGAGCAGGACGUCGAGGACGAGCGAGAGGAAGAUGAAGAGGAGGAGGAAGAGGAGCCAGCGCCACCUCAGCCUGAGCCGGUCCGACGAUCCAGACGCCUGCAACACCAAGCACCCGCCACGGAAGAGGUCACGCAAACGCCUAGGAAGCAAGCCGAUGUACCUGCUCGCGCUCCUCAGCUCAAAUCGGCUUUGAAGGCGACACCGCUCCGCGCUUCCGCCCAACCCAGAGCGACACCGGCAAAAGCAGUCGCUGAAACACCCAAGCCGGCUUCGCACAGAAUUCCUCUGUCUGCUGCCAGCAAAGCGCCGGCCAGCACAGUCAAGAAGGACAACUUUGCUGUCAAGGCUUCCACUGGCGAUGCUUCUGCCCCUCGAGAGCGAAGUUCGCUUCGACAGGGAGCUGCAAAGACAUCUCGCACCCAUCAAAGCUCUGGCAAGUUCAGCGCAUGGGACGAGGACGAGGAAGAGGAGGAUUUGCCCGACGCCAGCGAGCUCGCAAAGAUCAAGUUGCCCACCAACAUGUUCCCGUCUGGCUUUUCGUUCGGUAGCUCGGCAGCUGCACCUUCAACAACCAGCGCGCCGGCAAGCAAGUCGGCUGCGGCUUCGGCGCCAGCCUCUCAGGCCGCUGGAGGCAACUCGCUGCUUGGUCGUCUCGGCGGCUUCGACUCGUCUGCUGCCACCGCAUCUGCAAGCGAAGAGAAGGAGGCACCCAAAGCCGCCGCCACGGCUCCAUCGUUCUCCUUUUCGGCUUCCACUCAGGGCGCGGGAGACAAGACGCCCAAAUUCAGUUUCGGCGCCAGCACUGCAUUCAAGCAGGACGACAAUGCUGCGAAGAAGCCUGCUGCACCAUCGACUUCUGACUUUUUCAGCAAGCCCGCCGAGGCCGCCUCCACAUCGCUCAGCGAGGGCAAGAAGGACGGACCCGUGCCCAACUUCUUCGGCAGCACCAUGAAGAAGUUUGAGAGCAAGUCGGGCGAUGCCAACGCGCCAGCAGCUUCCACGCCGAGCGGAGGCUUCUCGUUUGGCAGCACUACGUCUUCUACUGCUUCGGGCAGCGAUGCGGCUGCAAGCAAGCCAGCGCCAUUCAGCUUUGGAGCCAAGCCGGCUGCCGAGCCUACCUCCGCCUCCGCUCCAGCCAAGAACCCCUUUGGCUCCUUUAGCGCGAGUUCGGAGAAGAAGGAUGAGUCUGCACCGGCAAGCAAGCCUUCGUUCUUCAGCGGUGCUUCGUCCAGCUCUUCCAGCGCUGGCGGUUUCAGCUUCGGCGCACCCUCCGCAUCUGCCGCCUCGACCGGCUCAAAGCGUGGAGCAGACGACGACGCCGAGCCAGCCGCCAAGAAGAGCAUGCCGAGCUUCUCGUUUGGUGCGCCUGCCGCUUCGCAGCCUGCAACCCAGACCUCGAGCCCCGCUUCCUCAGGCUUCAGCUUCGGUACUCCAUCAGCAGCUGCGGCGGAGAAGAAGGACGAUGCAUCGACAGCAAAGCCGAGCAGCGGGGUGCCGAACUUCUUCGGUGCCAAAGGCGAAGAUGCUUCCAAGCCCGCUGCCCCAGCGUCAACCGGUGGGUUCACGUUUGGCAAGCCCUCGACGGAGAGCAGCGCUAGCAGCAGCGGAUUCGGCGCUCCCAAGCCUGCUGAUGCCGCGUCCUCUUCGACCGGGUUCAGCUUUGGUGCGCCCAAGUCGGGUACUGAAGCAUCUAAGCCUGCAGGUGGAUUCACGUUCGGCGCCCCAUCCAGCACGGGUAGCAGUCCAGCGCCCGAAACCAAGCCCGCUGCUGCAUCCGCGACGACGUUUUCCUUCGGCGUACCCAAGCCUGCUUCUUCCGAUACGCCGGCCUCGUCGGCCCCAGCGUCGGGAACGACGACCCCUAACGGUACAUUCACCUUCGGCGCAUCGACGAACGCCAGCAAGCCAGCGAGCAGCGGGUUCACCUUUGGCGCUCCUGCUUCCUCGACUCCCGCUGCCGGGAGCAGUGGAGGAUUCGGCGGGUUCGGCACUCCUUCUGCUCCCGCAUCGGGCGCCAAUGGAGGAGAAAUGAUGGACGAUUCGCCGCAAAAGACGGCCCCUGCGACGACCACCACGCCAAGCUUCACGUUCGGCUCGUCGACGCCCGCGAAAUCGGCGACACCAGCACCGUUCACCUUUGGCGCGUCUGCUCCUGCAGCCAACACUGGCUCGGCUUCACCGUCGACCUUCACAUUUGGUGCUUCUGCUCCUGCGUCCAACACCAGCUCCGGUGCCGCAGCCGGCGCGGGCGGGUUCAGAUUCGGUUCCCCUGCACCUGCGGGUCCCGCUCCUGCAGCGACGAGCUUCACGUUUGGCGCACCUACUGGUAGCACCACACCCGGGGUGGGCUCCACGCCCGCCUCACCGUUCCUCGCGCCCGCCGCGCCGGUCACACCCGGAGGCAGCCCGUUCCAGUUCGGUGCUCCCGCUCCGGCAGGCAGUGCCCCGUUCCAGUUCGGCGCGUCGACUUCCGCCGCCCCCGCAACGUCGACCGGAUUUACCUUCGGCAGCACCGCCCCUACCACGCCGACCGCAACCGGUUUCGGCACGGCACCCUUCGGAGCGGCAGCGGGUGGCUUUGGUACGCCUACCACGCCCUCUGCCCAACCGACCGGGUUCACUUUCGGCGCGCCAGCAGGAGCACCUCAGAUGCAACAACCGCAACCGGGACUGUUCAGCAUGGGUGCUGCGCCUAGCGGUGGUGCUGCGCCGGGUCAGAGCCCGGGUGGGAGACAGAUCAAGCCAUUGCGUCCUAGGAGGCGCUAA